UCAGUGUUGGACUUCAACAGAGUGGACAACUGCUUUCUUCUUUCAAGUGUGACAAUGAAACAGAAUAACAAGAAUAACCUGUUUGAAUCCGGAUCAGCUUGAUUGAUUCAACUUUCAUCUGGAGAUUAGAGACAAAACGAUUGCUGUGUUUCUUAUUGUCAGCGCGACGUCACAGAGCAGAGAUCGAACAGACCACUUCAGUGUGAAGUCAAGGGGUUAUCGGCACGGGGACUACAAAACAUGUUUUAGUUACACAAGUGAAAACGGAGAGAAGGUGAGCAGUGACCAUGACGUUUGCAUUUCACUCUGUUUUCACCACGGCAGGCAACCUGCCUUGGUUGCUCCAGACUCUGUUGACAUCGUGGGCAGUCUUGUGUUCGGCAGAUUUAAAGCAGACAAGAUGGCCAUUAUAUUCUCAGAAGCCAGUUCUUCUUGUCUGGAAUGCCCCAACACAGGAUUGUGCCCCACGAUAUGGUGUUACUUUGUCUCUGGACCAGUUUGAUGUUGUGGCUUCCCCCAAUGAGGGCUUUGUCCGGCAGAACUUAACAAUCUUCUAUAAGGAGCGCCUUGGGUUGUAUCCCUAUUAUGAGCGUGAUGGCACUGCAGUGAACGGAGGCCUUCCGCAGCUUGCCAGCCUCACUCAGCAUUAUGAAAAGAUGCCUGAAGGUGUGCAAAAAUAUAUCCGAGAGCCAGAGGCAAAAGGUCUGGCUGUUAUUGACUGGGAGGAGUGGAGACCAUUGUGGAUCAGAAAUUGGGAUACUAAAGAUAUCUAUCGAAGUAAAUCUCGUGAACUGGUGGCUAAAAAGAACCCACAUUGGACCCCAGAGCAAGUGGGAAAAGUUGCGCAGCAGGAUUUUGAGCUGUCGGCUCGCAAAUUUAUGCUGGAGACCCUAAAACUUGCCAAGAAUUUGAGGCCAAAUCAACUGUGGGGAUUCUACCUGUUUCCAGAUUGUUACAACCAUGACUACAGGGGUGGCCUGAAAAACUACACAGGACGCUGUCCUGCUGUAGAGAAGGCGCGCAAUGAUCAACUCAACUGGUUGUGGAUGGAAUGCACAGCUUUUUUCCCAUCCAUAUACAUCGGCUCUGUACUCAAUUCAACGUACUAUGGGCGCCUCUUUGUCCGAAAUAGGGUGAAAGAGGCAAUGCGCCUGGCGUCUGCAGGGGAUGGAUUAGCACGUCCUGUUUUUGUCUAUACCCGCCCUACUUACAUCAGUCAGAUGUCCUUCCUAACUGAGAUGGAUCUGGUCUCUACCAUUGGUGAGAGUGUUGCACUUGGAGCAGCAGGUGUAGUCUUCUGGGGGGACACCUCCUAUGCAAGCAGCCAGGCCAACUGCCAAAGCGUUGAUGGAUACCUCCAAGGACCGCUGGGCCGGUACCUGCUCAAUGUGUCCACAGCUGCAGAACGGUGCAGUCAGCAGUUGUGUAAAUCCCACGGCCGCUGUCUACGCAAAAUACCAGACAAUGACGUGUACCUCCAUCUCAGCCCCUCGACACACAGCAUCACCAGUCAGGACGGCCAGCUGAAGGUUACAGGGAGUCCUGGCCGAGCUGAGCUGGACGUUUUCCACACACACUUUCAAUGCCAGUGCUACAGUGGGUACAGGGGUGAGGACUGUACAGAGAAAGAAAAAGGGCAGAAUAGAGGCUCCUCUGUCUUAGGGACCUGGCCUCUGUGCCUUUUACUCCCACUAGGACUCUUCGCCCUGCUACACUGAGGAAACUGAGAAGUGAAACUAUUCCAUGCUUCUGCCAACCCCGGAGUAGGACAGUACAGGGUUUUCAACAUGAUGGUGGUAAGUUUCUUUGCACUAGUGAUACUGAUACUGAUUCAUUGACAGCAGCAGACAGUCAGACCAUCUCCCAGUAAGAAAGGAGAUUUCUAUCCCAGCCCAAUGACAAGCUGCACUGGCAGAGCUCAAACCUCAGGGCCUCCUCGUUGAACUAAUAUCCAUCCUUUAAUACUACAACUGGUCAUUUUCUUAUAUCAAAUUAUGUCAAAAAAUCACAAGUUCAACUAAAAGACCUCUAUCGGGUCAUUCUGACCGUGACCACCAGAUGAGGAUGCCUUUUAUCAGUUCACAUUUUUUUAUUUAUCUGGACACCAUAAUUAAAAAAAGACCUGGAAAGAAAUGGAAGAAAGGUAAACAACAUGGCGGGGCCUGCUUGUUUGUGUUGAUAUUUGUGCCUUAACUGGACUACAUACUUUGCAUAUUGGUGCCAUUGUUUUCCGUCUCUGAUUAUAGAGGUUUUCAUCUCAGCCCAUCUCCUGGGCACAGUGCUUUUUUAAAAUUGAUAUUAACACUUAAUGCCUAGCAGCUUUUCAAUGUAUUUCAAUUAAAAGUGUAUGUAAAUCAGAAAAGGCUUGAUGGAUAUCUGUAGUAUUGUUUUCAAAUUCUGGCUCCUUGUAUACAUGGACAUUACUGUGAAAAAGCAUGAUAAAAAAGUUAAGUAUCCUCAAACCGGUCAAGAUAGUAAACAGGUACUUGGAAUUGAACUAUAAAUACAAAGAGUCCAACUUCAGCGUGAUCUAGAGCAGUGGUUCUCAACUGGACUAGCCUCACUGGACCAACUUCUUAAUGAAUAAUUGCAACCAAGAGUUCUGAUUCUUAUUUUAAUUUUUUUUUCAACCAUUAAGAUUAAUUUAGUGAUUUUUUUUUUUUUUUUUUUUUUUUUUUGCCAUUUGGACCUCAGAUGGUACAAAACAUGUGACGGAACAAAGUGAAGGAACAAACCAAAACAAAAGCAAAAAACGCUGCACAGAUUUUCAGUUUGCGUUAGCUUUAUUCCAAAUAAAUGUCUUUCGUCAGCAUUUUCAUAUUUAUACAGUAAGUUUUGUAUUUAUUCUCUAUGGCCUUAAUCAAAAAGUAUUUAGCACCCUUAAAGCUGAUAUGGUACUAGUGUGCAAGUGAUGCUGUGCUGUUAUCAAAACUGAAAAAUGGGAAAUGACUCGAGUAGUAAUGCAAUAAAACAUGUUAUAUAUGCUGCAAACUGUAUCUAUUUUUGCACUUUAUCUGCUUUUUAAGGUGGAUCUGGCUUUAAUACAUGUUGAUAUUUAUAAGAAGUGAAAUAAUGUUUUUUUUGCUGGCACAGAGACCUUUAUGGUGUAUUGUCGGUGCAUUACAGAUGCAGUGUUUUGAUUUUUUUUUUUUCAUUCAAUGUGUCAUAUAAAAGAGACGCUCCACUGUGAAUCUUGCCUAUAAAAGAAAUGAUUGCCUCCAUUAUUGUUAUCGCUUCCUCGCCUCUAAACUCAGUUCAAUUGUAAUACAAGCUUUAACUUUCUAACUGUAACAUAUGUCUUACUGUUUAAGGAAAGAUUCAUGAAUAGAUGAAUCCAACUUGUAAAAGGUAACACUUGAAUGAUAGUAUGAUAGAAUGUCACCCAUGUCUAAUCACACAACAGUGUAUUUCCAUGUUGUUGUUUUUUCAUCAGUCUGGUCACGAUUGCAUCAGCAUCAAUACAGACAUGAGAGUUUGAACUUGUUUGAGAGGUCAAAUUAUUUAAUUACUAUUAAAGGGGGGAGGGAGGGGGGGGAUUUAAAAACAGCUUGAGUCUAAUUAAGGACAUAGCAAUAUGUAACAUGCCCUUUCUGCCUUAAUGUAUUGAUGUAUUGAUGUUUUUGUUUUAAACCAAAUCUAGCAAAAAGGGUUUUGUAUUUCAAAGCAUUUUAUAACCUCCUUUUACAUUACAUAUUUAAAUAUUUGAUUUUGGAUCUAUUUUUUUUCUGUGUCUGAUUUUCUUUUCUGGGUACUGUAGUCAGCAGGGAUUCCAUCCAAGUAAGAAUAUAGUUUUUCUGUUUGUGAAAAAAACAUUAAAAUGAUUUUUUUUUUUUAAAUGA